AUGAGCGAAAUAUCAAUAAACAAGCAACAGCACUUGGUUGAGAACGCUAAAGUAGACCUUGUUAUAAAGGAGGUACGAGUUGAUCCUCUCAUAGAAAAGCCAGCUGAACCACAGGCACCUGAGAUAAGAAGACAAUUGAAAGAAUCCCGUAUCCCUACGUCGCGCUUGAGUAGGCUUUGGAACUAUGGUGCUUUAGCAACUAGCAUGGGUUUAGGCGCCAUGAAUGAAUCUUUAAAGCGAGCUACUGGUAUUUCCAACCAAAGUUCAGGCUCGGUUCUUUUAAGUGAAAGCAAUGUAAAUAGACUUGUCGAAAAGUUAUCUCGUAUGCGUGGUGCUGCCCUCAAGAUGGGCCAAAUGCUGAGUAUACAAGGCAUUCAAUCAGCUAGUGAUAAAUCAAGUGGAUUACCGCCUCAAUUAGAACAAGUGCUGCUUAGAGUGCAUGAUAGUGCAAACUAUAUGCCAAGGAAGCAAAUGGAGCAUGUCAUGGCUACUGAAUUAGGUAGUGACUGGAAGACAUACUUUAAGGAUUUCGAUCCCGUUCCUAUUGCUGCAGCAUCUAUCGGACAGGUCCACGCUGCAACAUUAGCCUCUAAUGAUCAGCCGAUAGUUAUCAAGAUUCAGUAUCCAGGUGUAGCUGAAUCAAUUGAUAGCGACUUGAGUAGUUUGAAAGCGCUUGUCACCUUUAGUAAUCUACUUCCCAGAGGUCUAUACUUGGAUAACACAAUCAGAGUCACAAAAGAAGAACUCGCUUGGGAAUGCGAUUAUGAACGAGAAGCUGACAAUGCGAUCAAAUUUAAAAAAUUGCUUGAAGGAGAUAAUAGAUACAAGGUACCAACAGUUUAUAAAGAUAUAUCGACAAAACGUGUACUUGUAAGCGAGAGACUAUUUGGCAGAGUCCUCAGUAAGGCAACUGAAGAGUCUCAAGAAUUACGCAACCAGCUAGGUGAACGAUUGCUUCGCCUGUGUCUUCGUGAAGUAUUUUCAUUUAGAUUUAUGCAAACAGAUCCCAACUGGUCCAACUUCUUUUAUAACAAAAACCAGAUUGAGCUAUUAGAUUUUGGAGCAUGCAGAGAAUAUUCAAAAGACUUUUUGAACAAGUACGGACGUAUCCUUUCGUCUGCCGCCAACAAUGACCGCGAAGGAGUGUGGAAGUAUUCAGAAGAAUUAGGAUUCGUAACAGGAUACGAAACAGAAGUAAUGCGCAAUGCACAUAUUGAUAGCGUCAUGGUGUUGGGUGAGCCAUUUAGAAAGACAGCACCAGACAUAUUUGAUUUCUCGAGUCAAACCAUCACUGGAAGAGUACGAGAGACGAUUCCAGUCAUGCUUCGUCAUCGUCUGACACCUCCACCAGACGAGACAUAUGGUCUACAUAAGAAAUUGUCUGGAGCAUUUUUACUUUGCACAAAGCUUGGAAGCAAAUUUGAUACCAAAGCAGUCUGGAAAGAGGAAGUUGAAGGACGCUUUUAUUAG